AUGCUCAUGAGGCUUUGCUUGCUGUGUGCCCGCAUGACAAGAAAGGUUGUCGAUGCGGAGUUGAGUGGGAGAUUACACCCUGACGACAUCUCCCCUGGUGAUUUACUGAGUGGUUCUGCCUGCCCAAAGUCUGUCUCCUUGCGAAUGAUCACGUUGGAGGCAAGCCCACUCGCGAACCACCAGUGCCGAUCGACCUUACUACUCGGGUUUUUGUAUCUGAUGGGAUACUGUACGAUGGGGACUUUUAUGACGGUUCAGAGGGAUUGA